AUUAAUUUCAACUGCUCUUUAAGGUAAAAAAGACAGAUACUAAAAAUUCGAAGACACAGCACAGGUUGCUUAAAUCGAAUAUGGACUUGCAGUCCAAAUAUUUUAAAUACGGCCCUGUUCAAUGUGUUUUCUUCACUUUGAAGCAACUCAGCUGUUGUCUUAAACGAAAAUAUUGACAUCGAAUGUCUUUCUGAAUGUAAACAAAAUUUGCCUUAUUUUACAUUUCGAAACUCGCAAUAGUACGAAAGAUGAGUUCAAGUCGUGGUUUGAAUAUGAGAGAGUGGGAGAGCACUGCAAAGGCCUCCGCCACCGCAAAAAUCAUAAACAUGUUUAAUAGGCCCGGUCAGUUAGAUAAAAUAGAUCAGAUUAAACAAAGGUUCACUCGAAAGAAAGGCUCUGUUGAGGCAUUAUUGAAAUCAGCCAUGCAGCAACAACUAGAUGGCGUGAGAACAGGGAUCAACCAAUUACAUUCGUGUUUAGAGCAAUCCAAGGAAAUCAACAGCGACAUUAAGAUUACUUUUAACUUAUUCAGUGAAGUAACACGUCUCUUUGAGUCUUUGAGUGAUGUGCGAGAUGAGAACAUGAGACACUCACAAUAUGUUACUGCCCGAGAAAAUCUGAAGCAUAUAUUCACUGUGCCUGAUAGUGUGGAGAAAACGAAACAAUGGAUUAAUGAGGGUAAGCUUUUACAUACCCAUCAGUGUUUGAGAGACCUGGAAAAUUCGAGAGAUGAUUUAUUAUUUGAACUUCAUAAAUUGCCUAAUCAAUCCCCACAUGAUAAAUCUCUACUGAAAGCCUAUUUCUCUGAAGUAGAAGUAUUAUCUACGUUACUAGAAAAGCAACUACUUUUUGUAUUGUCAAGAACACUAAAUACUGUAAGAAAAAAUCCUGCGGAAUUAGUAACGGUUUUGAGGAUCAUUAAAAGGGAGGAAAAGGCAGAUGAGAUGGCUUUGAAGCAGGAAAAACAAACAGGAUUUGUGCCCCCGGGCAGACCCAAAAGGUGGAAACAGAUGGCAUUUAAUAUUUUGGAAAGAUCAGUUGAAUCCAGAAUUGAGGGCACUCAGGUGGAAGAAAGACAAGACAAUAAACUUUGGUUGAUUAGAUAUUUGGAGUUAAUCCGACAAAUGAUUUCAGAAGACUUGCGCGUAGUUAAAACCCUCUGUCAGCCUUGUUUUCCCCCAGAAUAUAAAAUAGUGGAAAGAUAUGUCACGAUGUACCACAAAUCUUUAUCUGUUCAUCUUCAGGAGAUCAUCCAAAAUGGACUGGAAGGAAACGAAUAUGUUACCAUGCUGUCUAUGGUUUUCAAAACUUAUCAUUCGGAAGAAAUGCUGAGCCAUCCUGAUUUGGUCGAAUUCACUAAAAAUUUGGGACCUUUAUUACCGCCUGCCUUAUUGGAAAGGUUAAUUGCGUGUUACUUAAAAGACAUCGAAGGUAACUACAUCGAAUGGAUGCAGAAUGCUUUAAAAUCUGAAAGGGAAGAAUGGAGGUCGUCAGUAGCACCAGACUCGGAUUGCUAUACAAGAACAGCUGCGCCUAUAAUAAUUUUCCAGAUGAUAAAUCAGAAUCUUGAUGUGGCAAAAACCAUUAGUGAAGAAAUUACAUUGAAAAUGUUGAUUCUCAGUGUAGAACAGGUCAUAAAAUUCCGAGAUUCGUUCCGAGAUGCAAUUAUAGAAUUUAAAAAUAAGUAUUUUGAGGACCGCAAACAAGUUCUGUAUUUCACGCAGUAUAUGAUAAUUAUUGUAAAUCAUUGCUUGCAAUUUGUGGAAUUGGGAAAUCACUUGGAGAAGCAAUAUUCUAGUAGUUUAUUUGCCACCCAUGUAGGUGAUAAUUUUAAUAGACUUAGAGGAACGUAUAUUCAAUUGAGAAAUGAGGCAGGUAAUUUUCUUUUGGAAGAGCUAUUUAUCGACUUAGAUCAGCACUUUGAGAAAUUGCUCAACUCCCAGUGGUUGACCAGUUUGGAUUCUUUGGAAACAAUUUACGCCACAUUAGAAGACUAUUUUCAAGAUUAUAAUAGACUCGCUGAAGCCAAUUAUAAUUUCAUAGCCGAACAGGCUAGAUAUACCGUAGCAAAGAGAUAUUUGACCGCCAUGUUAUCAAGAAGGGUAUCUUUUAAAACGUUUGAAGAUUGCACGAAAGCUGCUGGCAAAAUCGAGAAAGAAGUGGACCGAUUAACUAAUUUAUUCUCUAACUUAUGCAGAAAUACAGAAAUGAAGGAUGAUGAUGAAUUUGAAGCAAUCGUCAUGUUGUCAGAGGUGAUCAAAAGCGAUGAUGAUAUGAUUUCCUUUGAAUUGCACAGAGUGCUGGAAAAAUACCCAGACAUCACAGAGGACCAACUGCUAAGGCUGCUAAAUUUAAGAGGUGAUUUGUCUCGAUCAGAUAUUAAAGAGAAAGUCGCUAAUGUUGAUAGACCGAAGGUUUCACAUAGAAGUAGCAUAUUCAAGUCCUUAGUGUUUCCUAAAAAUGUCAUGAAUUUAACUUUUUAAUGGAUUGCAAUUGUGUUUAUAUCCUCAAAGUUGAUUAUAGUUUGGUUUUAAAUGUCGCUACGCUAAUCAUUAUGUUGAAAGUAUGUAGGUAUAACAAACAUAAUUUUCAACUUAAUACAUAUUUUCGUCGCUUCUUAUAUGUAAACACAUGAAUAUAUUUAUCUGUUGA